AUGUCCACAGUGGCUUUCAUAAACAUCCACGUCCAGCAAAACGGCAAAGAACAGCUGAGGGGCCUCGGCAUCAAUAUCGAGACGAGUUUCCACCUAGUCAACGAGGACCACCUCAUCGCUCAUUCUCUCACGGGUCACAUUCAUACAACUACUAUGACUAUCCAGGACCUGCCUCCCCUGAACAAGAGGAGUGGCAUCACAGACCGCCGUAUGGAUACCCACCUUAUGAGCCUCACGGUCCUCCACCGAUGGCUGGAUAUGAUUAUGAUUCCCAUGGGCCUAUGCCACCCUACCACUAUAAUGAUGCCCCUCCCCCAGGUUAUCAUUCCCGCCGCCCUCCUCGGCGUCGAGAGAGCGAUUAUCCCGAAUAUCCCAUGGACGGACCACCACCUUCAUGGGAUGCACCACCACGUGGCAGCCAUUCAUGGCGAGGGAAAGGUCGUAAAGGCAGAGAUGGACAUACAUCCUCACACACCACUGACAGUGCACAGAAUUGUAUGUUUUAUUCCCCUCCUUUUCAUACACCACACCUAUCUAAUUACACUUUUACAAUAUGCAGCCUGGAGAUCGCCUCACGCAGUUGGCCGGCCACUUCCAUCAGUAUUCAGUGAUCUUGAUGAUAUCUGCAAACUGCCUCCACAUACUUCUUUACCCCCCGGAAUGUCAGUCUCAAAAUACUUCCUGAAUAAGGGAGCUGAUGAGUUCAACGAAAAUAUCCGAAACACAGAGGACUGGCCCUUUAUGAUGGGAGAUCCUAUCUUCUCUGAGUUCCCCUCGGACGGGGAGACGAUUCCUGUCAAAGACCUUAUCAACCGCCAGAAAGAUAUGAUGGCGGCUCAUAAAUAUGUUCCUCCCAAGCCUAUCGUCGAAGAGACAACUUAUGAUAGCGAGCAGGCUGAUGAACCGGAGAUACCUGAUGAUGCAAGUUAUGCCGGUUCCGAAGAACAAGGACAGGCCAAUGGAGCCGAAUCACCAGAAGAAAAUGGUAGUUAUACUGGCUCCGAACAAGGUCGGGACCAUGACCGUGAAUAUAAACGUCAUCAUAGCCAGGCAUGGAACACGGAGGACAAUACCAACACCCCAAUGUCCACCACGCCUGGAAACAACGAUAGUGAUGAACGUCCACAAACUCCACAAAGAUACUCCAAACCCCAAAGUUUCCAUGGGUCAUACCACAGAAAGCGCGCAAGAGAAGAGUCCUUGGAACUACCUGACGACGAAAUCCAGCGUCAAGUAGAUGAUGUUGCUCCAAGACUCGAGCGUCGUCAUCCACGUGUCGCGGAAGCUUAUAGGUACGACAUUAAUAUACCCUAA